AUGCGUGUCGCCCAAGUCCUUGCCUUCGCGGCUGCCCUUCCCUCCGCCCUCGCUGCCUAUAAAGGCUUCAACUAUGGAUCCACCGGCCGGGACCAGGCGGCUUUCGAAGGCGAAUUCAACUCGGCAAAGAACCUCGCUGGCUCAAGCUUCACCUCCGCCCGCCUGUACACCAUGAUCCAAGAUGGCACCACCAACACCCCGAUUUCGGCCAUCCCCGCCGCCAUCAACACAGGCACGACGUUGCUGCUCGGUCUGUGGGCCUCGGGAGGUGAUGCUCAGUUUGCGAACGAACUGACCGCUCUUAAAAGUGCCAUUUCUCAAUAUGGGAGCGCUUUCACCGACUUGAUUGCCGGAAUUAGUGUUGGAUCGGAAGACAUUUACCGCAUCACACCUAUCGGCAUCUCAAACAACGCAGGAGUCGGUGUUGGCCCAGAUGUCAUCAUCAACUACAUCAACCAGGUUCGCUCGGCCAUUGCGGGGACUUCUGCCGACGGCAAGCCUGUGGGUCAUGUCGACACCUACAAUGUGUGGACCAACUCCAGCCAGAACGCCUUGAUUGCCGCCUCCGACUUCUUGGGCGUCGACGCAUAUCCGUACUAUGAGACGACCAAGGAAAACAGCAUCAGCAACGCCAACGCCACUUUCUGGGACGACUAUGAGGCUGCAGUGGGUGUGAGCCAGGGCAAGCCGGUAUGGAUCACCGAAACCGGUUGGCCCGUCUCCGGUCCUACCUCGAACGAGGCGGUUGCCUCAGUCGACAAUGCCCGGACUUACUAUGAGGACGUUGCUUGCCAUGCUUUUGCCAACGACAUCAAUACCUGGUGGUACAUUCUUCAGGACACUGGUGCCGACCCUAGCUUUGGGGUCGUUGGAGCCGGUACUCCUCCUCCCACCACUCCGUUGUACAGCUUGAGCUGCUAA